AGGUUCCAAGAUGGCGGCGGCGGCGGCGGCUCCCCCAUCCCCUCCUCCCUCCGCCGCCCCGCUCUGCCCCGGCUCGUGGCCCAACUUCGCCGUCGUCUGCUCCUUCCUGGAGAGAUACGGCGCCCUCCUCGACCUGCCCGAGCUGCCCUUCCCGGAGCUGGAGCGGGCCCUGCAGGCGCCACAGGAGCCCGGCGAGCAGGUUCCCAGAGAAUUGGUAGAACUUCAUCUGAAACUGAUGAGGAAGAUCGGGAAGUCCGUCACAGCAGAUCGAUGGGAAAAAUACUUGAUCAAGAUGUGUCAAGAAUUCAACAGCACCUGGGCGUGGGAGAUGGAGAAGAAAGGAUAUCUUGACAUGAGCAUCGAAUGCAAGCUGGGAAUCUUAAAGUACCUUUGCGAGUGCCAGUUCGAUGACAAUCUGAAAUUUAAGAACAUCAUCAACGAGGAAGACGCGGAUGCCAUGCGCCUCCAGCCGCUCGGCAGAGACAAGGACGGCUUGACGUACUGGUACCAGCUGGACCAAGAGCAUAACGUCCGGGUGUACGUGGAAGAGCAGGAUGAUCAGGAUGGGUCUUCGUGGAAGUGCAUCGUCAGAAGCCGAAAUGAGCUGGCUGAAACGCUUGAACUCCUGAAAGCACAAAUCGAUCCCGCUCUACUGAAAAACCAGCAACAGGAGAGCUCCUCGCGAGAGAGCCCCAGCAUCGAAGACGAAGAGGCCAAAAAGGAGGAAGAAGCAUCAGCCCAAGAAAGCAAUUUAAUAAAAGAAAAAGAAGAGAUAAAAGAAGACCUGCCAAUGGAAUCAGAGCCUCCUGUGGCUUCCGAAGGGGAGAACACGAUAAAAUUAGAGAAGAUGGAGGAGAGAGAGAUCAUAAAACUGCCAGUUAUAGUGAAGCUCGAGAAACCCAUGGAGAACAACGGGGAAACACGAAUUACCAAAGAAGAAAGCGACUCUUUUAAAGAAAACGUGAAGCCCAUCAAAGUGGAGGUGAAGGAAAAUAAGCUUGAGCCAAAAGACUCAAAAGACAUGAACAGCAGUGCGGAGAAGCCCGCUCACGAGCCCGAGAGACUCGGGUUCUGUGUGAACGUUAGAACUCCCCAGGAAGUUGUAGAGAGAACCGCGGAAGAAAGUGAGAAGCUGAAAAAUGACCAGCAGGCCAAGAUCCCUCUGAAAAAACGGGAGAUUAAGCUGACUGACGAUUAUGACAGUCCGCUGAAAGGGCCUUUGCGGAAAUGUAUCACCCCGACCAAGGAUGUUUUGAAGGAGGAAGGGAAACCAGAAGAAGAGACUUUUAAGAGAGUUCCUACGAUCACUGAUGGGAAGUUCCUUGUGAAUGGGGAGGUCAGCAGCGAGAAAAUCAUGCCAAAUAACAAGUUGGAUCGUUCCCCUGACACUAAGGAGGACUCUGCUAGCUUGCCAAAGGAGAAGAACGGCAUAAGUGGGGAGAAAAUUCUAGAAACUGUUAGUACGAUAGUAAGAACGAGCGAUGCGGAGAGAAGUGUUUUGCAUACAGGGAAGGAUGUUGGUGGGAGGAGACCUGAAAUUUCUCAGAAAGUGCCUUCAAAGGAGGAAACCAGUCCUCCAGCGAAGGAAGGCGUGCUUGACGCCAAGACGUCAGAGGUGAUCAUGGCAGCCCCGUCAGUCGCUGGCAGGUCCCUCAAGAAAGCUAAAGAACCUGUCAGAGAAAAAGACAGACUGCCACUGCACGAGGAACUCCUUGAUAAGUCCAGAAAGACAUCUUCCCCGAGGGAGCUGGUUGGCCCAUUGGACGAGGAGGGUUUCAAAAGCAAAGAUGACCCCCGGGAGAUACCGGACUUAACGAGAGCAGGUGCAACUCCACUGCCCGCUCUGGCCCUCUCCUCUGAGAAAUCCGCUGCUGAAAAAGAGGACUCCGAUCCUCAAAGCACACUCCCCGAUGCAAAAUCAGGACUCAGGGAGCAAGAUUGUAAACCCCAGAAGGAGUCUGAGGCUGUGGGGAGAGAGGCGCCUAAAUUGGACAACUCCCAAAGUUCUGCCGAGGAACAUUUGGAGAGUAAAAAAGAACCUGUGAAGAGCAAGUGUAAAUACAAGCUGAUCUCCGACGAAGAAAGCUGUCUGACAGAAAACAGGGAAAUCACCUCUGAGCGGCAGAAGGAGGGGAUCAAGCUCACAAUCCGAAUUUCCAGCAAGAAGAAAACCGACCCUUCUCCAUCAAAGGCUCAGGAGGCCGAAAAGGAGGAGGUGGUCAGCAUCGGCCGCAUCUUAAGGAGGUCGCCCCGGAUCUCAAAGCCGACGCCCAAGAUCGUGGAGACCCGAGACCAGAAGCCCGAGAAAAAGCGGGCUGAGGAAGAGGAAGAGAAGCCAGCCCCGGUUCAAAAGCCAGACAAGAAAGAGGGCUCAAAAAAGCAAGAGAAGGAGGUGAAUUCCAAGGCUGGCAAGGCUGCGCAGCGAAAUAAAGUCCGGUGGGCCGGUACUAGAACUCGGGGCAGGUGGAGAUACUCGAGCGGCGAUGAAAGUGAGGAGUCGGAGAGUGAAGAAAACUCCGAGGAGGAGAGGGAGGGGGAGGAGGAAGAGGAGGAGGAGGAAGAGCCGGCGCCAGCCGAGGAUGACGAGCCGUGUAAGAAGUGUGGCCUCCCCAACCACCCGGAGCUGAUUCUCUUGUGCGACUCGUGCGACAGUGGCUACCACACUGCGUGUCUCCGGCCCCCACUGAUGAUCAUCCCUGACGGAGAGUGGUUCUGCCCUCCUUGUCAACACAAAUUACUCUGUGAGAAGUUAGAAGAACAGCUGCAGGACCUGGAUGUUGUCUUGAAAAAGAAAGAACGAGCAGAACGAAGGAAAGAACGCCUCGUGUAUGUGGGGAUUAGUAUUGAAAACAUCAUUCCACCGCAAGAGCCAGACAUACCCGAAAGUGUGGAGGAAAAGAAGAAAAACUCAAAAAAAUCAAAGGCAAAGUUCCUCGAAAGGAGGUCCACUAGGCAAAGGAAGUGCAUAAGCUAUAGAUUUGAUGAAUUUGACGAAGCAAUUGAUGAGGCAAUUGAGGAUGACAUCAAGGAGGCGGACGGAGGGGGCGGCGGCCGAGGCAAAGACAUGUCCAACAUCACGGGGCAUCGCGGCAAGGACAUCUCCACCAUCCUGGAGGAAGAAAGGAAGGAGAGCAAGCGGCCCCCGAGGGCCGCCUCCGCUCGCCGCAAGAAACGGCGGCGGCUGAACGACCUGGACAGCGACAGCAACAUGGACGAGGAGGAGAGCGAGGACGAGUUCAGGAUCAGCGAGGGGUCUCAGGACGAGUUUGUCAUCUCGGACGAAAAUGUGGACGAAAGCGAAGAGGAGCAGCCCUCCAAUGAUGACAGCGAUGCUGCAUCCCGCCGCCGCCGGCCCCAGCGGCACCGUCCCAGGCCCAUGAGGCAAAGCCGGCGGCUGCGGAGGAAAACGGUCAAGAAAAGAUACUCUGAAGACGACGAAGAGGAGGACUCUGAGGAUAAUGUAAGCGGGGACUCUGAGAGCAACGCUUCGUCGGAAUACAGCGACGAGGAUUACCUGGAAACCCGGCGGAGAAGGUCUCGGCGGAAUCAGAAGAGACAAGUCAACUAUAAGGAGGAUUCCGAAAGCGAUGGCUCUCAGAAGAGCUUCCGAUACGGGAAAGAGCUGAGAAGAGUUCACAAGCGCAGACUUUCCAGUUCAGAUAGUGAAGAGAGCUACCUGACCAAGGACUCUGAAGACGACAAGCCAGCCAAGGUGUCCAAGAGGUCAGUCCAGAAGCGCAGCCACAGUACGGACGAGUACUCCGAAGACGACGAUGGGGACGAGGACGAGCGGCCCAUCCGGAAGCGGCUGAACCGGAUCGAAACAGACGACGAAGACAGCGCCGACAGCGACUCUGGCAAGCCGGCGCCCCCUAGCAAGCCCGUGUCGCCCCCCGUGCCGCCAGACGCCCCCAAGAAGCCCUGCUACCGGAUAGAAAGCGACGAGGAGGACGACUUUGACAACGUCGGGAAAGUCGAGAGCCCGUUGGACUACAGUCUGGUGGAUUUGCCGUCCACCAAUGGGCAGAGCCCUGGGAAAACGAUCGAGAACUUGAUUGGCAAGCCCGGCGAGAAGACCCCCGCCCCCAAGGACAGCACAGCCAAUGCCAGCUUAGCGCCCAAUGGGACAAGUGGGGGCCAGGAGGCGGUAGGGCCGGAGGAAGACGAGGAUGAACUUUUGCGAGUGACUGACCUUGUUGAUUACGUCUGUAACAGUGAACAGUUAUAAGACUUCCAUUUUUGUGCUAAUUUAUUCCACGGUAGCUCAUACCAGCGGGCCAGUUAUUAAAAGGUGUUUUAUUUUUCCUAGAAAACUCCACUACAGUAUCACUUUUUAGCAGUCAGAAUCUCACCAGUCCUGCAGUUGUGGUCC